UGCACCGCUUCUGUCACAACAACACGUCGGAUUUUUUCCACUGCAAACAGCUAUCCAGCUGCCAAGUGUAAACAUAAGGAUGAAGAGGGUGAAAGGAGAUGAGGACGCCUGCAGCUCUUCCAGCGAGGGCCCAACCGAGUCCUGCAAGAAGGUGCGGAAGCUACAGCCAAACAAAGAGAAGCACCAACAGGAGGAGGAGGAAGAAGAAGAAGAAGAAGAAGAGACGGAUGUAGAUCUCAGCGAGUUUGGCUUCGACUGGGCACUGCUCCCUCAGGAGAUCCUGCUCAACAUCUUCCAAUUCCUGCCUCUUCUGGACCGGGCGUACGCCUCGCAGGUGUGCCGCGGCUGGAACCAAGCUUUCCACAUGCCCGAGCUGUGGCGGUGCUUUGAGUUUGAGCUGAACCAGCCUGCCAGUUCUUACCUGAAGGCGACACACCCAGACCUAAUCAAGCAGAUCAUCAAGAGGCAUUCGAACCACCUGCAGUAUGUCAGCUUCAAAGUGGACAGCAGCACGGAGUCUGCUGAGGCAGCCUGUGACAUUCUCUCCCAGCUGGUGAACUGUUCACUAAAGACUCUAGGGCUCAUCUCCACGGCCAGACCAAGCUUCAUGGAGUUGCCCAAGUCUCAUUUCAUCUCGGCCCUGACGGUGGUGUUUGUCAACUCCAAGUCCCUGUCAUCUCUGAAGAUCGACGACACACCGGUGGACGACCCGUCCCUGAAGGUCCUGGUGGCCAACAACAGCGACACUCUGAGGCUGUUGAAGAUGAGCAGCUGCCCUCAUGUCUCUCCUGCAGGUAUCCUGUGUGUGGCGGACCAGUGCCAUGGCCUGAGGGAGCUGGCGCUUAACUACCACCUGCUGAGCGAUGAGCUCUUAUUAGCCCUCUCCUCGGAGAAACACGUGCACCUGGAGCAUCUCCGCAUUGACGUGGUCAGUGAGAACCCCGGGCAGCACUUCCACACCAUCAAGAAGUCCAGUUGGGACGCUAUGGUGCGCCACUCGCCCAAGUUCAACCUGGUCAUGUACUUCUUCCUCUACGAGGACGAGUUCGGCCCCUUCUUCAAGGAGGAGGCCCCCAUCACCCACCUCUACUUUGGUCGCUCGGUCAGUAAGGACGUGCUGGGCCGCGUGGGGCUCCACUGCCCCCGAUUGGUGGAGUUGGUGGUGUGUGCCAACGGGCUGCGGCCACUGGACGAGGAGCUAAUCCGCAUCGCCAAGCGCUGCACCCAGCUGUCGGCCAUUGGCCUUGGGGAGUGUGAGGUGUCGUGCAGUGCGUUCGUGGAAUUCGUGAAGAUGUGCGGUCGGAGGUUGUCCCAGUUGUCCAUCAUGGAGGAGGUGCUGAUUCCCGACCAUAAGUACAACCUGGACGAAAUCCACUGGGAGGUGUCAAAGCACCUGGGCCGUGUCUGGUUCCCCGACAUGAUGCCCACCUGGUAGAGCCGUUGAAAGGGGCUGUGGAUUUACUGUACACAGUUUGAUAUACUUUUCUCUUUUUUUCCCACCUUGAAACUCUGUUCGAAGCAUCCGUGGAGUCCAUGUUGGCACCGAAGGAACAACCGAAGAUAAUCGUGUUCUACUGAGAAUGCGAAUUUCAGGGAUGUGAUUUUUCCUGAUUCAUAGGGAAUUCCUACUUUUCUGACUGUAUACUCCAUUCAUAUACACUGAACAAAAAUAUAAACGCAACAUGUUGGUCCCAUGUUUCAUGAGCUGAAAUAAAAGAUCCCAGAA